AGUUCCAACAAGGCUAAUAGAAAUGAGGUCUACACUCUUGGGUUGUCCACCUGAAACAUAAACAUCACACAAAAUUGAUCAAACCACAAAAAAGAAAAACAAUAUGGAUGCACCAAUGCAUACAUCACGACCCUCUAUUUUCAAGCCACCGAAAACCAGCCAUGGCCACCGUAACAAUUAUAGUCCACCAACAUUAUCUAUGUCUAAUAUGUCUAAGAGGAAGCCUGUCUUGGUCUCCUUCGCCUCGCUUUCAUCAGAGUCAUCAUCCUCGGAGCUACAAAAGCCCCAAAUUGAGCUCGAAUUUAUCGGGCCAAAAGUAGGAAAUGAUGGAUCAUAUCCGGUGGAUAGAGCAAGAGCAGUGAGUGGUGAGAAAUUGCUUAGGACCAUUAUGGCGGAUAACAAGAUUGAGCUUUAUGCUACCUAUGGGAAAGUGAUGAACUGUGGAGGUGGUGGAAGUUGUGGAACCUGUAUUGUUGAGAUACUACACGGAAAAGAUAUUCUUAAUGAAAGAACAGAUGCUGAACUCCGGUACUUGAAAAAGAAACCUAAAUCUUGGAGGCUUGCUUGCCAAACGAUUGUUGGCAACAAAGAAAAUUCUGGCAAGGUUGUAGUUCAAAGGAUUCCUCAGUGGAAGAAAUGACAAGGACAAGAAAAUUCAUCAGGGGCACACUUCUCAUGUGCCACCCAUUCAAAUAAUCCUCUUCCCAUGUCAUUUUUUUAAAAAAGAAGUUAUUUAGCAAUGUUAUAAAUGUAGUCGUGUAGAAAAACAAAUAUGGUAUACGGAGUAGUUUGUUUUUCCAUAUACUCCAUCUGUCCCUAUUUGUUUGCCCCAUAUAUUA